AUGACUCACCUGGCUUUGUUGUUGUGGGUGCUUCUCACCACCAGCGAAUGCAGCGUGAUUCGGAUUCCUCUAACCGGAUUCAAAAAUGUGAGACGCCGACUGAUGGAGGUCGGCACUCCGGUUGAGCAACUGAACUUCACUUCAAUAAGCUUUGUUGGCAAUGGAUCUAUACCGGAGAUGCUGAACAACUACCUUGAUGCGCAAUAUUAUGGGGAAAUCGGCAUAGGAACACCGCCUCAGUCCUUUCAAGUAGUGUUUGAUACUGGUUCUUCGAAUCUUUGGGUGCCUUCUACACAUUGCAGCAUAUUCAAUAUAGCUUGUUGGCUGCAUCACAAAUACGACAGUGCAAGAUCCAGCACAUAUUAUCCUAAUGGGACGGAGUUCAGCAUUCGAUAUGGAAGUGGCAGCGUUUCCGGAAUACUUAGUACGGAUUACGUUUCAGUAGGUACGGUAAUCGUGAAAAAUCAGACCUUCGGAGAAGCCAUGAAGGAACCGGGUAUUGCAUUUGUGGCAGCUAAGUUCGAUGGGAUCUUGGGAAUGGGUUUCAAAUCCAUUUCUGUGGACGGAGUGCCGACUUUGUUCGAUAACAUGAUAUCCCAAGGUUUGGUUCCUGAGCCCGUAUUUUCAUUUUAUCUGGACCGUAUGAGUGUUGGAGGAAUGAAGUUAUGCGAGAACGGAUGUCAAGCUAUCGCUGAUACUGGAACGUCUUUAAUCGCUGGUCCCUCGGAGGAGGUUGGAAAGCUUAAUGAUGCUCUAGGUGCCAUCAAGCUACCCGGAGGAACAUACUAUAUUAACUGUGACAGAGUCAGUACACUGCCGUUGGUCCAGUUCAACAUAAACGGGAAACUCAUGGAACUAGAGCCGUCGGAUUAUAUUUUACGAAUGACCUCCUUUGGCAAAACUCUUUGCAUCAGCGGUUUCAUGGGAAUCGACAUUCCUGCAGGACCUUUGUGGAUUCUUGGUGACGUAUUCAUUGGCAAAUACUACACAAUUUUUGAUGUUGGAAACGCCCGCGUUGGAUUUGCCACAGCCAGUCGUCCUCCAGCUGUGCCUAUGGUCCGUCUGCAGCCUGCCUAUCGUAUUCCAGUUGAGCAACUCAGGCAAUCUCCCAAGUCAUCUCUCGUUUUUUCCGGAUUGCUCGGAGUCGGACAGUGAUAGACUUGCACCACGUGUUCAUUUACUCCAGUUCAUAUUGACUUGUUCCGAUUGUUCCCUGUUUCUACCAUGUUUCAUGCGUAAUCAGCAUCCUGUCUGAUUUUGUCAUUUUCACCAAUACACAGUUCGGCCCCCAACUAUCUGUAAUCUUUUAUCAAAUUGUCAUAUCCCCGUUUCUCACCCCACUUCUUACCACUCAACCGUGCCGCCGCAAGCAAGCUCAAACCUUAUCGUGGUGUGAUGGUUUGUAUCACACUGACUCACUGAGUUACAUUUAGGAAGUUUACCUUGACACCCACGGAGUUUCUCCUACCAGCUUGACCAGCGGGUAGAGGUUCUGCGGUUGGGUUGUUGGAACAUGUGUGGUGACGUAUUUCUUGAAAACCUUAGUUGCUGUAAAAAAUACCGACACUCGACAGCUGCCCUGUAGUCAGAGAGAGACCCAAUCGGUCUAUCGAAGCUUGGGCACCUGACGGUAUCCCAGCCCCUCGCACAACGAUGAUCUUCAUAACUGAAAAUGAUUCCGUCCCACAAGGUCCGAG